UUAAAGUAGCUUGAAAACUUCAGUGGUCGAGAUAAGUUUCUUUUUCCCAAAAAACUCACUUCACGUCCUGCAGAACAAGAGAACCUCUGCACACCAGUGACCGACAUGGCAGCAGUGAGCAGUCUUCUCCAUGAAGAUCAGUUUCUCUGCUCCAUCUGUCUCGAUGUGUUCACUGAUCCAGUCACCAUACCAUGUGGACACAACUUUUGCAAGACCUGCAUCACAGAGCACUGGAGUGUAAAUGUCCCAUGCCAGUGUCCCCUGUGCAAAGAGCUUCAUGAGAAAAAACCUGACCUGCGGAUCAACACAGUUUUAUCGGAGAUGGCUUCUCAGUUAAGACUGUCAGUUCAGAAGGAAACCAGCAGCAGCUCAGAGGAACAACCCGCCAACACAGGAGAAGUUCUCUGCGAUUAUUGCACUGAAACCAAACAGAAGGCCCUGAAGUCCUGCCUGGAUUGUCUGGUCUCCUACUGUGAGACUCACCUGGAGCCUCAUCAGAGAAUCCAAGCUCUGAAAAGACACAAGCUGGUCAAUCCCGUGGAGAACCUUGAAAGCAGGAUCUGUAAGAAGCACGAAAGACCUCUGGAGCAGUUCUGCAAAACUGACCAGGUAUGUGUGUGUGGAUUCUGUAUUGAGUCAGAACACAAGAGUCAUCAAAUAGUUUCUCUCAGAGAAGAAUAUGAAGCAAAAAAAGCGGUGCUGAGCGAAACUGAAGCUGAGGUUCAGAAGAUGAUCAAGGAGAGACAAGUGAAGAUUGAGGAUUUCAAACAGUCUGUGAAGCUCAGCAAGGAAGACGCCGACAGAGAGACGGCUACAAGUGUGCAUGUGUUCACUGCUUUGAUCCGGUCCGUUGAGGAAGGCCUGGCCCAGCUCAUUGACUUGAUCAAGGAGAAGCACAGCACAACAGAGAAACAGGCUGAAGAUUUCAUCAAAGUGCUGGAAGAGGAGAUCUCUGAGCUGACGAAGAGAAACACUGAGGUGGAGGCGCACUCACGCAACAAAGACCCCCUCCAGUUCCUCCAAAAUUUCUCAUCUUUGAAAACUCCUCCACCCACCAAGGACUGGAAAACGGUCAAAGUUUACUCAUCAUACGAGGGGACUGUGAGGACAGCUCUGACUCAGCUGGAGGAGACACUCAGCAGAGAGAUGAAGAUGCUUUGUGCUGAUGCUGAAUUAAAAAAGUACAAGCAGUACUCAGUGGAUGUGACCCUCGAUCCUGAAACAGCUCAUCCCAGACUGAUACUGUCUGAUGAUGGAAAGCAAGUUAGUCAUGGAGAUGCCAUUCAGUAUCCUACUGACAGCCCAAAGAGAAUAUUGUCAUACUAUGGGGUGUUAGGGAAGCAGAGUUUCUCUUCAGGAAGAUGUUACUAUGAGACUCAAGUUGAAGGGAAGUCCGAUUGGGUUUUGGGAGUGGCCAGUGAGUCUCUAAACAGGAAGACCGCCUUUGAAUUUGCCCCCAGGAAUGGCAUCUGGACUGUAUGCUUGAGAGAUGACUGUCAGUAUAAAGCUCUCGAUGACUCUCAUCAUCGUCUGUAUUUAAAUACAAAGCCUCAGAAAGUUGGGGUGUUUGUGAAUUACGAGGAGGGUCUGGUCUCUUUUUAUGACGUAGACGCUCCAGCUCCCAUCUACUCCUUUACUGACUGUAACUUCACUGAGAAACUCUACCCAAUAUUCAAUCCCAAAAACAAUAACUAUGGGACAAACUUUAUCCCACUGAUCAUCUGUCCGCUCAACAACACUGAUUAGACAUGUCACUGUGCUAUGACGCGAGUUCAAUCUGCCCACGACCCAGUGGAUCAAAAGUAAUCCUAUUUCCAAAGCAAAUGUUGUGGUCUGUCACUGGAGCAUGCCAGAAGCCCUCAGAAGUUACUGUCAUGGGGCGCUGGAUAGCCUAGCGGUUAUGUCAAGCGCUCUAGUUACAAAGGAUAUAGUCCUCAUUGAAGCGGCCUUGGGUUCAAUUUCCGACCUCGGCUCUUUGCUUCAUCUCAACCCCCAUUCUCUCCUCCCAACAUUUCCUGUCUCUCUUCAGCUGUCCUAUCUAAUGAAAGCAAAAAAGCCCCAAAAAUAACUCAGAGAAGAUAUGUUCAUGUCUUUUACCUUGUUUUUUCCCCUUAUUUCACAGAUUCUUGUUGUUUCUUUUUAUUUUUCUUCUUUUUUGUUUUUUCUUUCUUUUCAAUUUUUGUCUUCAAUGUAUUAAAGGUCACAUAUUCCCCUCCUCUUCAACCAGUGUAAAUAAGUCUCUGAGCUCCCUUAAACAUGUCUUUUGAAGUUUCUUGUUCUAAAUCCACUCUGAUCCUGUAUUUGAUUGUGCCUAUAAACCCCUCUAUUUCAGCCC